UCGUAGCCUUGCUACACUUUACAGGACUAGAUCUCCUUUCCACCUUCGACUUUCGAUCUAAAGCUUACAACACCUUAUUCCUCACCUUGCCUUACUCUUUACUUCUCAACACAACCACAUACCAAGAGCGUGUUAUUCUGCAAUUAUCUCACUUGAACUUGCAGUCUAUCUGCAAGUACUCAGCUAAUUCCCCUUGCUUGUUCUGCAAGCUUCUUCCAAGACUCCCUCACCGAGUCUCUCCACAGAUCUUCACCAUUGAUACAACAACAUCACCUUCGUCUGCUUAUCAAAUCCUACAAAACGGGGUUAGAGCAACCAACUCGUUUUAUCGAGCAAACACAAGAUGUCUCAAAAGACCAAGAGAUCGAGUAGGUCCACCAAGCCUGACUGCAAGGUCUGGAUUCAAGUUGGCAAUGAAUUGCUUCCAGAAUAUCUCAGCAAGGCUAUUGAUGGUGUCGAAGGCUCUGAGAGCUACGUCCGCGUUGCUCUUGAUGAUAUCUUAACCAUCCACUGUCAGGCAAAGCCAGGUAUCGUUGAUGAGUUCGUCUUGAUUGUCGACGGAAUUGUCCGUGCCUGUGAUACUCGACGUGGCACUACGUUGGUUCUCGAAAAGGCUAUGCAUCGGCCAAAGCGCAAGGGAUCGGCAGUAGGAGCUUCAUUUCGAUCUGAUAUGGUAGUUCAAAUGCGUAAUGAGAAGGAGACGAGAUUCGCUGAAGGCACUCAGGAAGUGUCCAAGGUUGGCUCGAUCAUCGUUGAAGGUUGGCGCAAGUUGUCGGAUACGGAGGCGGCUGAAAUGAAGGAUGACGAGGUCCUUAAGUUUCCCGCGUAUAACGACCAUAAUGAGUGGUACGAUCUCAAUCGUUUCGUAAAUCCAGCUUCAGGUCAUCUGCCACCAUUUGAAGUUGGUUUCAUGCAUGCCAAAACUGGUAGUGUUGCUAAUUCUGGACCUCGUCUUAAAGUUGAUGCUGCCAUUACCAGAAAGACUUCAGAGUGGAAGUUGGUCUACAAGUUUGUUUACUACCUUCGAUCAGCUACAGAGUUACAUAAACUCGGUCAGACGGAUGUGCCAAUCAGGAACCCAUCGUCAGAUCUCUUCGCUCAAGCUCUUGCUGAAGAUCCCACUGAAGAACCCGUUGAAGAUCCUGCUGUGGAGUCCGCUGAAGAGGCUACUGAUGAUGAGGACCAGGAGGCUGACCCAGAAUCAGAGGACGAUUCAAAGAAUCCAGAGGAAGAAGAGUCACCGAAGGGUAAGACAGUUGAGAAGGCAAAGACGGCCGAGAAGGAGAAGACUGCCGAGAAGGAGACAGCAAGUGAGAAUGUCAAGGACAAGAAAGUCGAAAAGCCAAAGAUGACCAUAGCUGAGAAACCAAAGGAGAAGCCUAAGGCAAAGGCUAUCGAGAAGCCAGAGGAUAAGCUUGAUGAAGAGUCGGAUGCCCAGACCUCUAUCAAGAAGAAGAGCAGAGUUUCAAAGCCUGCUAUCGUCCCACAGCAGACUGUUUCCGGACUUCUCACCCACUUGGCCGCUGCAUCCCAAGCUUCGGUAGACACAGAGUUUGUUACAUCUCCUCACGCCACUCUCGAGUCCUCAACACGAUUGGUCCCUAUCAUUCACUCCAAAGAAGUUGCUGAAAAUUCCACCGAACCAGUUACGAAUUUCCAAGCUGAGGAGUCCAAGGAGUUACUAGAAAAGAAUGGAGAAGCAGCCACAACAAACGUCGAAGGAGAAAGGGAGACUUUCCAACUCGCGAACAUCACCCCACGAAAGAUCUCUCUCCCUGGACUCCAAUCUGCGCCUGCGAGCAAGACUGCCAGAGAUAGAUCGUUGGUCGAAAGUGACGAUGCGCUCUCAACCGAUCGAGAUGCUGACCAACCUCUGCCUACUACUGAGGCUCCUGAUGAACCUUUGAUGUCCCAACAACAUGAGGAGCAACCUGCCAAGUCAGAAGAGGUGUCUGCUUCGCUGCUCAUGACUCCACCUCCAUCCACUCGGAAGAGUCAGUCGAUCUUCGGUGCUCCUGCUCCUGAACGUCUCGACCGUCGGGUAUCGCUCCCAAAUCUGUCAAGCGGUCGGGGAAUGCACCGGCUACUCUCAGAGCCUACCAAUUUCAACAUGGCCCAUGUUCAGCUUGGACGACCUGCAAGAGUCUCUUUUGAUGAAGGACUUCGCAGCAGAGACGUCUCCAUGCGCAGUGCUGCUGCUCGUCGACUUUCUAUCGUGAGCGAGCGAGCUCAGUCUGAGAUUUCGAAUGAUCCGACAGAGAUUGCUGACCCUGAUGAGGUUGAAGCUGGUGUGAAAUGCAGCCAGAAGUUGGAUAUGAGCACCUCGACCAAGACUUCAGUCGAGCCUGAUGCUAAACACAAUCGCUUCUCUCGAUUUAGCAGCAUGAGCCCUGAACCCCGAAACCAUACCAUCGCAAGCCCAAUUCUUGGUUCUGUAUCCUUCUUCGCCGCCCAAUCCGAGGAUGAGGAGGCUGAUAUUCCUGCCAUGCAACUCCAGCGCUCGCAAGACCGAGAGCUGAGUCCACGAGAGUCGCCUCCAACUCAAAUUCGACAGGAGAUCGCUGAUUCAUUCAAGGAGACCCAGGCUGAAUCCGCAACUCCAGUUAGACGAGUUAGCGAUAAGAGAUCUUUGGAAGUCGCUCGUGCCGAAUUGCUAGCAGGUCCUAAGGCUAUUGGAAACCCAUUCAUUGCCUACCCCAAUCCUGAUGGACACCCCUCCCUCCCUCCUCAACCAGAAAGCUUGAUCGGAAAGCGUAAGGCGGAUGAGACUACAGGCAGUGGCAUUGUCGCCGAGUUAGGCCGUCCUCGCAAGUCCUCGAUUUCUCCUGCCAAUCGAUCGAUUGGAGACGCUCUUCGUCGACAAGAAGAGGAGAGUGAGCGCUUGGAGAAGGAACUUAAGGACCUCAGAGUUUACAAUGCUACGCUUGAGAAUAUUAGGGAGUUGCGAGAGCACAGUCGAGGUGUAAAGGAGAGCAUUGAUGCUGAGAAGGCUCGCCAGGCAGCUCUCGAGGCGGAGCUUGGGCAGUAAUUGCUUCGAGUAGUUCCGAAUUUCCUUUGUCAAAAAACGAAAAAACGUCAGCAGAUAUCAUGCAGGGGCAGGGACUAAGACUAUCCACAGUGCUUGCAGGCUUUUAUGCUCAGAAGCUGGUGGUUAUGGCCUUUUUCCAACACUACCUGUUCUCUUCUGUGUCGUGAGAAUCUACUGCUUGCUAUCCAGAUAGCGAGUGUUCAAUCUCUGGUCGACAUGAGGACACGGGAAGUGUUGCUUCUUGCAUGCUUUUGGAUUUACUGCAGACUAACGAAAUCAACGCACACAGAAACAACAUAAGACAGUGAUCAUACAUCAAUUGAAGUAGAACAUCAAUGCAAUA